AAGAGGAGUCAGAGUCAGACCAUUGCAGUGACGCCCAGACCUUACAACCAAAAGGUCGACCCUUUGGGCCGAAUAGUCGCCAACACUUCCAAUGAGAUCGACGACGACUGCGGACGUGAGGAGUACUGCGAGAAGAUGGUUGAGUGCUGUGUUAAGGCGUGCGGUACUCGAGAUCAGCUGAUGAACGCCUCGUUCUUCAUUGUGGCCACGAAUGUCAUGUGUAGGACCGAUAAGAUGGAGUUCCCGCCCCUCGAGAUCGGGAUCUGUCAGUACUCUAUCGCUUCGGGCAUUAAAUUCAGUUAUCAUGAGUUCAUUGACGCCGGAAAAGUGCCCUUAGGAUACAUGCAUUCCGCCAAAGACUGGGCGGAAACGAGUCAUAAGAUCCCUUUGAGUGACUUCUAUCCGGCGACCAAUAACUACGAGAAGUUAGUUGAAGACAUGAAACAAAUCCUCGAAGAGUCGAGAUUUACGAACCAAAUGACGGGAAAACCGACGCCAAUGUUGGUCUUCUGUCGCGAAGACGCCAUCGAACAGAACAGAGGAGUCUUUCAGUGGUUGCAACACAAGUACAAUGAGAUCAACAAAACCAGCUUUGAAUGGGAUCUUGAAGUUCUCGAUUUAGUGCUACUCUUGUACUACAUCUCUAAGUCUGGCGGACACACCAUAUCUAUGGCCGCCGGAGAGGAUGUAUUGUCGUCCUCUGCGUACGACUACUCGAAGAACACUUUGUGUGACUAUCACGAAGAGAUAGACAACAGACACUGCGCGCAAGGGUUGGCCCGACGUCUAUGCUAUAUGUUGACGGAUGGGUUGUGUCCCAUGUUUGGCAUCACUCCCACUGACAAGCAUUUGCCGUCCAAACGGGAUGUGAUCGCUGAGACAUAUAAGGCUCAGCUUCUGGAAGUGAAACCAUUGCCGGCCUAUAGAUAUCAUCAAAAUGUGGCCACAGAUGACAGUCAGUGGGAUCCCAAUCAAGUCGAGAAGGAGAUUGAUGAGGAGGGGGCGGCCGGCGGUGCCAGACCUAAGACAGGCAUUGGUCGCGGACGGGCUCACGCUUUCAAACCC